AGUGUAUUUAAAUAUGUAUAGGAGAAUAUUUUGAACUUCUAAUUUAUAUUAUAAAUGUUAAAUUACAUUACAAUUAUUAUAAAUAACAAUAUUUAUUUUUAUUUACUUAUGUUUUUAAAUACUAUUAUUGAUUUAAAUGUUUCGUAAUGUAUAAUAUUUCGGUUAAAUUCAAAAGAAUAUUAUUUUGUUAUGUAUAAAAAUAUGUUUUAACGUCAACUAUAAUUUCAUAUUAUUAACCUGAAAUAUCAUUUAAUGAAAUUUUUGUUAAAAAAUUAUCAUGACUAAUAACGUAAAUCAUCUGAACAAAUAUUUUAAGCAAACUUUGAAACCUACUGUAAGAACAAAUGUGCUAGAAUGUCGUGUUUGUGAAGAAGUAUUUACUAUUGAUGGAAUAAAAGUACCAAGAUUGUUACAUUGUGGUCAUACAGUAUGUCAUUCUUGUCUUUUGCGAUUGAGACCUUGUAUGACAGAUCAACAGUUUUUAUUGUGUCCUUUUGAUAGACAACCAACAGGCAUUAGUCAGAAUAAUAUUUAUAAUUUGAAGAAAAAUUUUGCUUUGAUUGAAUUAUUAGAAAGAUUAGAACAAUCUAAUAGUGAGAAACUACUGUUACUUGAAAGGGAAAGACUUCAAUCUAGUCAAUCUUGUGAUGAAGAUGAGGCUCAUACUGCAGUAUUAUAUUGUACAAUUUGUAUGACUCACUUAUGUGAAAAUUGUGAUAGUAUUAUUCAUUCUUCAAAAACAUUAAGCAAACAUAAACGUGUACCUCUAUCAGAGAAACCAAAAGAUAAACCUAAAUGUCCAGUACAUACAACACAUGUAGCAGAAUUUACUUGCACUCAGGAAGGCUGUCAUAAUUCUCUUAUGUGUUAUUUAUGCAAGGAUUAUGGUAGACAUAGCACACAUAAGUUAGCUUUGGUAGAAGUUGAGGCAGAAAAUAUUAGAAAAUCUAUAAUCACUGCUUUACAGAAAAUGACUCAAUUUAUGGAGAGUAUGAGAGAUACAGCAAAUAGAAUUGAAACAGUGAUACAAGAAUUAGAAGGAUGGACAAUAGAGGAUGCAAGACAAAGAGUACGUCAACACUUUGAGGAAUUAAGAGCUCUUUUAGCUGAUCAAGAAAAUGCAGCUAUAUCUUGUGUUGAAACAGAAACACGUGAGAGAUUGUGCGCUUUGAGACAACAACAACAAGAUUUAACUAUUACAAGAUCUCAGGUAGCUGAUGUGUGUAUUCAAUGUGAGAGCAUUUUAGAUUCUGAAGAUUGGAAAUUAUUAAGUAGUGCAACAAAAGUUAAAGAAGUGUUAACUACAUUGGAACAACAACAACAACAUUAUGCUCAACUUGAUCCUGAUUUUCUCACACCUGAAUCUUCUAUACCCAUAAUAUUCAGUCGGGAUAAUAGAGUACAUAUUGGUACAAAAAUUGAUAUGCGUGUUGUAAUCUUGGGGUUGGAUGGUGCUGGAAAAACAAGCAUUCUAUCAGCUAUGAGAGGUAUUACGCUUUCUGGACCGCCAAUUCCUACAAUUGGCUUCAAUGUGGAAAAUCUAGAGUACAAAAAUCUAGUAUUUACUUUAUGGGAUGUUGGUGGACAGCAAAAAUUCAGGCCAUUAUGGAAACAUUACUAUCAUAAUACACAGGCUGUUAUUUUUGUUAUUGAUGCUAGUGAUAGAUCUAGAUUUAAAGAAGCGCAAAAUGAAUUAUCAAAAAUUGUAAAUGAACGUGAAUUGAAGGAUGCUUUGUUUCUCAUAUAUGCUAAUAAACAGGAUGUCAGUGGUUGCGCCAGUGUUGAAGAAUUAACUGAAAUCUUAUGUUUGCAAAAAUUAUGUUGUGGUAGAGCAUGGCAUAUACAAGGUUCAUCAUUAAUCACAAAUGAUUGUGGUUCUACACAAGGUUUAGAUUGGUUAACUCAACAGUUAGGUGCACAUGAAACAUUGUAUACGAUACCAAUGGUAUCGUAAAAUUUAUUUAUUACUAUUCUUUUCUGUAGAAAUGUAGAUACAAGAUAAUAAUGAAAAAACACAAACUUUUGCAUUUCCAUAUUAAUAUAAUUUGUAUGUUACACAUACUAUGAAUAUUUUUGUUAUUUAACAAUUGUGAUAAUAUUUGAGAUAUUUAUGCAUUAAAUUAUUUGGCUUUGAAGUAUUAUCAAGCUAUAUUAUAUAUAAUCAAAAGGCGAAAAUAAACAGCCUGAGCAUGUCUAGAAAA